UUCAUACAGUGUUAUUGAAUGUGUAAUUUUAAUUAAAAGCUAAUGAUUAUUGAAUUAAAUUUGUGUACAUGUUUUUUAAAUUAAUUAAAUUCUAAUUUUCAUAACAUCUUAAAUUGUAAAGUUCACUACAUUAAUUACAUUACAUUUUUUCAAAUAUCAAAUUAUUCCACAAAUAAAACGGGAUAAAUCAAAAUUAAAUUAUGGUUUGAACUAGUUUACUAUUUUACUAAAUAACAUAAUAUUUGUAUGUAUUAAAUAUGGCUCAAAAUUCAUGUGGUGAUUCAAUAGUUAAUAAAUUAAUGAGAUUAGCUGAUCUUGCAAUGGAACGACUAGAAUAUGGACCCGCAUAUGGUCAUCUCUCUGUGUUAUUAGAGAUAGCACCUCAUCAUAAAAAUAGUAUCAAACAAAAAUAUAUUAUUUGCUUGUGUAAUUAUGGAAAAGAACUCGAAAAUCGACAAUGUUAUUCAGAGAUAUUUCAAUGUUAUGAAAAGGCUUUCAAAUGGUUUUCAGAUAGUGAAAUUUUAUUCAAUAAUUUAGGAUCUCAUCUUUUAAGAUUAGGCUAUAAUAAAGAAGGUGAACAAUUUGUAAAAAAAGCUAUUUCUAUUAACAAUACAUACUUACCGGCUUUAAAUAAUAUUCAUAUCAUUAAUAGUAAUAAUAUAGAACGUUGGCAUUAUAGAAUGUUAAAUGAUUCAAUACGAAAUUUAGCUUAUAGAAAUGCUAUUCAUUGUAAAAUAUUAGAAGGUUAUGACAAAAUUUUAGAUAUCGGAUGUGGUACUUUAAUACUUAGUUUAUUUGCUUCAGAACUCACCCCGAAGAAAAUUUAUUCAUGUGAUUAUUCUCCAACUAUGUUAAACAUUGCUUCUGAAGUAAUGAUUUUAAAUAAAAAGGAAAAAUGUAUUAAACUUUUUAAUAUGAACUCAAAUCAACUCAGCAUUCCAGAACAUAUAGAUGAACGAGUUUCUUUAGUUGUAACUGAAAUCAUGGAUGCUGGUUUAUUUGGUGAACACAUUUUAAAAACACUUCAUCAUGCUUGGGAACAUCUAUUAUUACCACCAAAGACAAAAGAAAACUUAAAUAUUCCACAUGGAUGUGUUAUUCCCCUAAAAGCUUCAGUAUUCGCUGUACCUAUUCAAUGCUCAUAUUUAAGAAGAAAAAAUAUUUAUUCUGGAAAAAAUAAUUCGGUUUUUAAAGAUUUAAAUUUAUGCUCAGUUAUGAAUGAACCUUAUGAUUGUGAAAAAUUAGAUCAAUUACCUGGUGGCUAUACGUUUUUAGCAGAGCCAAAAGUAAUAAUGGAUAUAAAUUUUAAUGAUCCAUCUGAAAUUAGUCAUUUAAUAAAUGUUCAAGAUAGUAAAAAAACAUUUAAGUAUACAAUUACUAAGUCUGGAAUAGUUGAUGCUAUUGCUUCUUGGUUUACAGUAUAUUUGACUGAAGAUAUAUAUAUAAAUACUUUUGAAAAGGGAUACAAAGAUUGUUGUUGGGAACAAGCAUUGUUCUUAUCAAAAAAUAUUGUUAACGUAAAUGAAAAAGAUGAACUGUGCAUACUAUACAAAUGGCAAAAUGAUCAUUAUAGUCUUUGUUUAGAAAAUGAAGAUCUAUCUAUAAUUUCUAUUGAUAGAGAGAUAAUUUCUUUUUUGAAUGAUAAAAGUCAAAUUGAAACAUACAUCAGUGCUGCUAAAUAUUGGUAUUCGGUUAACAAGUCAAAAUUUAAUACAAUAGUCAUCCUAGAUGUAUGUCCAUUUCCAAUUUUUGGUCUUGAAAUACUUUCUAUGGCUCAAACAUGUAAUUUUAAUCACGUAAAAUUAUAUUAUACAAACAAAAAUUUAACUGAAGUUUUAGAAAAAAUUGAAAUUUAUACCUCAGAAUUUAUUAAAGGAAACAUUUGUUAUUUUGAUAAAAGUAAUAGUACUAUGAAGUUUGACAUUAUUAUUGUAAACUACAUUAGUUACUGUGGGGAAUUAAGCUCAACUCUUAUAGAUGAAUCAACAACUUUUUUCAAAUUAUUAAAUCCCAAUGGUAUUAUUUUGCCUUCUAAUGUUUCAAUUAAAUGUCAAUUAAUUUAUUCAAAAUGGUUACCUUAUGUUAGUCAAGUACUUGAAAGUGACAGCUGUAAUAAUCAUAUUCGAAAUCUUUUGAAUAAAUAUAGUGUCAAUCAUCAUUUGGAUGUCUUCAACCAUUUAAUAACAAGUACCUUGCUUUCAAGUUCCAUAACAUGUUUGUCACUUUCAUCAAAUUUAAUGACUCAAGAAGUUUCAUCUGUAAUAAGAAUUCCUAUAAUUUCAAAUGGAUGUGCUAAUGCUAUAAUUUAUUUUUUUGAAAUUAAUGUUUAUGGUAGUUAUAAAGUUACAACUGGGAUUGAAGACUCGUAUGUAAAUCAAUGUGCAUUUCUUAUAGAAAAUCCUAAAUAUGUUUAUUUAAGUGACUCCAUUGCAGUAAAUGUAAUAUAUGACAGUGGCCAUUUGUUAUUGAACCUUAAUAAUUCAUAAUAUUAAUAUUAAAUAUUUGACUUUAAUUUAAUUACAUUUUUUUUUAAUUGAAUAUACAAUUUAUGAAUUAUUUCUUUGUAGUUUAAAUUAAUCUAGAUUAUUUAAAUUUCCCAUUUAAAAAAGGAUCACUACCCUUUUAUUUCACAAAUUUCUUGUUUCAAUAAAAAUUAUUACAUGUUUCAAUUAGCAAUUUAUCCAUUAAUAGUUUGUCCCAACCACGAACUAAGAUAAAAUCUAUUUUAUUUUUAGUUUCUGGUUCCAAAUUAUACCUAAAUUAUAAUUGAUUCCGCAAAUAUUUGUACUGAAAUUAUCCUAAAAGUAACCUCUAAAAAUAAGGGUUUCCCAAGGUAUGUUUUUGAUUAAAAUUACACAAUUUUGAUAUAAUAUUAAAAAUUUUAAAUAAAUAUGAAAUAUUAUUUGUAUUUAAAUUUAACAAUAAAAAUAUAAUAUAUAUUUUUGGAAAAUUUUAUGAAAGUUUUAUGUAAUGGUAUUUAUAUUAAAAACCCCAAAAAAUUGUUUUCCUGAAUAUUAUUUUUUGUUUAUGAUAUAAUAACCAGAAAAUCUCUAUUAUUGUGUGGGUAGAUAUCUUACAACACACAAUUAAUUAAAUGGCGGUAGACUUUUAUUAAACAAAAUUAUAACACGAAAAUAGACGUAUAAACACUAAAAGAAAAUAUCCUUACUGUAUGUAUAUACAGUAAGGAAAAAUAAAAUAAUCGAAGUAAACAUAAUACACGAUGACAACAGCGGCGGGGUGUAGCGGUCGUGUAGCGUAUCGCGGACUAGACAGUCUGAACUGAACUAACUAACUGACUGAUUCUUCCGAUAUAUAUAUAGCUCCGAUAAGGCUCUCGCUAAUUCUAGAAUAUUCUAUACCCGCGUAGGUUAUCUUAUGGCGUUAUCGAAGUUUCUCGAAGGUUUUUGAUAACGAGAACAUUCGAGAAUAUUCGUUGCGUAUGUUUUGGUCGCUACAUCACUCCCCUACCAGUGACGGAGUCAAGCGGAGCCUACUUGAAGACGGUCUGGAAAAUGGACUCUUCUUCCGGAACGUGUCCUUUGAUCCUCCCUGGGAAUGGUAAUGGGUGUAUGUGUCUGGAUCUUUUUCGGAAUAUUUUCCUUAGAGUAUUCAUCUGCCAUGAUGUAUGCUGGUUUAAGUCUAUCUAUAGUAACUGUAACUUUCUUCUUAUUAAUAUCAAUAACAAAAGUUUUUUCGUUCCUACUUAUGACUCGAUAGGGACCAUCAUAGGGCAUUUGAAUUCCGUUUUUGGGCCCAUCAUGUCGAAUGAAUACGUACUCUGUGGUUGCUAGAUCCUUGAAAACGAAAUUUUUCUUCUCGCCAUGUCGUGUACCAUUGACUGGUCGGAUCUGCUGAAUGUGAUGUCGAAGGUCUUUGAUAAACUCAGCUGCGUCGUCGCACUUGGCGGUAUUAUUAUUUGACGUGAGGAAUUCACCAGGGAGUCUAAGUGGCUCUCCAUAGACUAAUUCUGCCGAGGUGGAUUUAAGAUCGUCACGCCAAGCUGCUCGGAUACCCAAUAAGACUGUCGGAAGAGUUUCUGUCCAUCGAUUAUUCUGAUGACAUUUAAUAGCGGCUUUAAGCUGCCGAUGGGAUCGUUCCACCAUGCCAUUUGCUGAAGGAUGAUAGGCCGUAGUUCUAAGAUGGUUCGUACCAGUCAGGUAAUUAAGUUGCUUGAAAAGGCAUGACUCGAAUUGUCUUCCUUGAUCUGUUGUGAUACGAAGAGGGGUACCAAAUCUUGCAAUCCAAUGUGUAUAGAAGGCUCGUGCUACAGUUUCCGCUUCUUGAUUUUCCAAUGGAACUACUUCAGGCCAUCGAGUAAAUCUAUCGAUGCACGUGAGGCAGUAACGAAAUCCUUCGGAAUAAGGCAUAAUUAUUAAAUCUAAAUGAACAUGCUCAAAUCUUCGAGACGGUAGAGAAAAUGACCCAAGGGGUGCUGUGACAUGUCGCGUGAUUUUGGCUCGUUGACAUUCGACACAUGCCCGUGCCCAAUGUCUGCAAUCUGCGUCAAUUCCUGGCCACACAAACCGCUGUUUUACAAGCUUCACUGUGGCUUUAACUCCUGGAUGUGCAAGGCGAUGUAUGGUAUUGAAAACUGUUCGUCGAAAAGG